GGAAAAAAAAAAAUCAAGAUGUGAGGAAAAAGAAGGAAAAAAAAAAAAAAAAAAAAGUUGGUAUCUUUUGGGUCACUCUUUUGUUUCCCUCCCUGCCCGCGCCCGGCUGCUGCUCCUCUCCCCGGUGCAUGGCACAGCGCAGCCCCGUGUGCCCCUGGGGCCCCAGAAGCAAUAAGGGAGGAGAGGAGGCUGCGGGGGUGCUGUUAGUGGGGGGAGCAGAGCCCCCCACCUCUGUCCUGGUGGUGGUCGCUGUGUAAGGCAGCGGAAGAAUCAGCGUUUUUUCUUUUUUCCUUGGGUUCAUUUGUUUGUUUGAGUUUCGCCACCAGAAGGACAGAGGCACGGGGAGCGGUGCGGGACCUCCCUCCUUUCCCCCUCCCCGCCCCCUCUCCCCCACAGCCCCGCAGGGACAGGCGAUCUACCAGUAAGCGAAGAGAGAGUUCUAUAUGUGAAAUCACUCAGUGAUUUAAAGCACCCGGACUGCUCCCGGCCACCUCCCGCAAGAACAGUUCCUAUUGUUUAAGGGUUUGGUUGUGUUUUUGUUCUGUUUCGACAUCCCCUCCCUUCUCCCCCUCGGAGAAAUAUUGUAAAUAUAUAUUUUUUGUUGGCAAUUUAGAGUCCAUCUCUGAUGUUUGUGCUUUAAAAUUAAAUGUAAGCAUUAAGGGUUAAAGCAAACCAUAGCGUGCGCUCUCUGCGUUGGGGCUCGGGGGGGCGCACGGCGGGGCUGCUUGUUUCUUUUUUGUUCGGUUGUUUUUCGUUUGUUGUUUCACUGUUGUUCUCCAGAGGUGGUUUUGGAGAUCUUUGCUCCUACGGCAUUACUGCGGUGAUAGGCGAGAGGGGCUGGGAGGGCCUCCCAGAACUGUUCUGUUCCUCAGGGUGGAUUUUUGGAAUUAAAAAAGUUGAGGAAAACGAAAACACACAACGCAGCGUCUGAGCUCUGCCCCACGGCUGGGGGGAGGAGGGGGGCACAUCCCCCUCUGGGCCGCGCGGGCCCUCACCCCCUCCCUUCUCGCACGCCUCGGGCCCAGCCCAACGCACUUCCGGAUGCGGCUACUUCCGCUUCCGGGUCGCUGCUGGGGUCGGGCCGGUGCCGGCCUCGGCCCCGCGCAAGAUGGCGGACCUAGAGGCUGUGCUGGCCGAUGUGAGCUACCUGAUGGCCAUGGAGAAGAGCCGGGCCGCGCCCGCCGCCCGCGCCAGCAAACGGAUCCUGCUGCCAGAGCCCAGCAUCCGCAGCGUCAUGCAGAAGUAUCUGGAGGACCGGGGCGAGGUGACGUUCGACAAGAUCUUUGCACAGAAGAUCGGGUACCUGCUGUUCCGGGACUUCGCCCUCAACCAGGCUGAGGAGGCCAAGCCCCUGAUGGAGUUCUACGAAGAGAUCAAAAAAUACGAGAAGCUGGACUCGGAGGAGGAGCGAGCCACUCGGAGCCACUACAUCUUUGACCAUUACAUCAUGAAGGAGCUGCUGGCCUGCUCCCACCCAUUCUCCAAGAGUGCCACAGAGCAUGUGCAGAGCCGCCUGAGCAAGAGGCAGGUGCCCCCAGACCUCUUCCAGCCCUACAUCGAGGAGAUCUGCCAGAACCUGCGUGGGAGCAUCUUCCAGAAAUUCAUCGAGAGUGACAAGUUCACACGGUUCUGCCAGUGGAAGAACGUGGAGCUGAACAUCCAUCUCACCAUGAAUGACUUCAGUGUGCAUCGCAUCAUCGGCCGCGGUGGCUUUGGGGAGGUCUACGGCUGCCGGAAAGCGGACACAGGCAAAAUGUAUGCCAUGAAGUGCUUGGACAAGAAGCGCAUCAAGAUGAAGCAGGGUGAGACGCUGGCCCUCAACGAGCGCAUCAUGUUGUCCCUUGUCAGCACUGGGGAUUGCCCAUUCAUCGUGUGCAUGUCGUAUGCUUUCCACACACCUGACAAGCUCAGCUUCAUCCUUGACCUAAUGAAUGGGGGGGACCUGCACUAUCACCUGUCCCAGCAUGGCGUCUUCUCGGAAGCAGAGAUGCGCUUCUACGCAUCAGAGAUCAUCCUGGGCCUGGAGCACAUGCACAGUCGUUUUGUGGUGUACCGUGACCUUAAGCCAGCAAACAUCCUCCUGGAUGAAUUUGGACACGUCCGUAUCUCGGACCUGGGCCUGGCCUGUGACUUCUCCAAGAAGAAACCCCACGCCAGCGUGGGCACCCACGGCUACAUGGCCCCAGAGGUGCUGCAGAAGGGGGUGGCAUACGACAGCAGCGCCGACUGGUUUUCACUGGGCUGCAUGCUCUUCAAGCUGCUCCGUGGGCACAGCCCUUUCCGGCAGCACAAGACAAAGGACAAGCAUGAGAUCGAUCGCAUGACCCUCACCAUGGCUGUCGAGCUGCCCGACUCCUUCUCCCCUGAGUUGCGCUCAUUGCUUGAGGGGCUGCUUCAGCGUGACGUCAACCAGCGGCUGGGCUGCAUGGGGCGUGGCGCUCAGGAGGUGAAGGAGGAGCCCUUCUUCAAAGGCCUGGACUGGCAGAUGGUGUUCCUGCAGAAGUACUCCCCGCCUCUCAUCCCGCCCCGAGGUGAGGUGAAUGCAGCUGAUGCCUUUGACAUCGGCUCCUUUGAUGAGGAGGACACAAAGGGCAUCAAGCUGCUGGAGAGCGAUCAGGAGCUGUACCGCAACUUCCCGCUCACCAUCUCGGAGCGCUGGCAGCAGGAGGUGACCGAGACAGUCUUUGACACCGUCAACGCGGACACGGACAAGCAGGAGGCACGCAAGAAAGCCAAGAACAAGCAGCUGGGCCACGAGGAGGACUACGCCAUGGGCAAGGACUGCAUCGUACACGGGUACAUGUCCAAGCUGGGCAACCCCUUUCUGACACAGUGGCAGCGCCGCUACUUCUACCUCUUCCCCAACCGGCUGGAGUGGCGUGGGGAGGGCGAGUCGCCGCAGUCCCUGCUCACCAUGGAGGAGAUUGACUCAGUGGAGGAGACUCAAGUGAAGGAGCGCAAGUGCAUCCUGCUCCGCAUCCGUGGCGGCAAGCAGUUCGUGCUGCAGUGCGAUAGCGAUCCCGAGCUGGUGCAGUGGCAGAAGGAAUUGCGGGAUGCCCAGCGCCAGGCCCAGCAGCUGCUGCAGCGGGUGCCACGCAUGCAGAAUAAGCCACGCUCACCUGUGGUGGAGCUCAGCAAAGUGCCCUUCCUGCAGCGCUCUGCCAAUGGGCUCUGACCCUGCGCCCUGCCCCCCCUUCCCACCCUACUUCUAAUUUAUUGGGUUGGGUCCCGCUCCUUCGCCGUGUCCCUGAGCAGAGCUCUAGGAGGACACCUGGUGCCAGUGCCAUCCCCGUGCCCACGGUAGGGCACAGCCAUGGCGUCGCUGUCCUGAAGCGGAGCUGGCACUGGACAUGCAGCACUGCUCCCUGAUCCGGCUGAGAUGAAGGCAGUCCUGUGCCCCCCUCCCGUCUGCUGUCCUGCUCCUGGUCCAGUGCCCCCUUCGCCACCAGUGUGUGCCAAAUGGGGCACCGCCCUGUGCCCCGUGUGCCCCAGCCCGGCUGUGCCCGUCUGUGGGUGCCAAGUCCUCGGUGUGAAUGAUGGUGUGCAUGCGUGCCCAGGGGGCGCCCUGUAAAUACUGUGCCAUGGGCCCCCUGCACCCCCUGAGCCGGCGGGUGAGCAUGGAGGAGGCAGCUGGGGGGGAGAAGCGGGGACGCAGAGUCUGUGCCCGUGACCCCAGCGCAUGGCACCAAGCGCUGUGCCCCCCGGCUCUCCCUGCUGUGCCCGCUAGCAUCUGUAAAUAUGAGCGUGGGGAGGAGCAGCGGGCAGGGCACGGCUGCGAGUGAGGGUUGAAUGAGGAGAAACGUGAGAAUGCAUUAAA